AUGGACGCUUCUGCAACAUCCAAGCUCCUCGUGUCCGACAUCGCCUCCGUCACUGAUCACGUCCCUUCAAACUACGUCCGACCAAUCUCUGACCGUCCAAACCUUUCCGAGGUUGAAACCUCCGGCGAUUCUAUCCCUCUGAUCGAUCUCCAGGAGCUUAAUGGACCGAACCGAGCCGAUGUUAUCCAUCAGCUAGCUCAUGCAUGCUCCGCUUAUGGCUUCUUCCAGAUCAAGAACCAUGGCGUACCAGAAAAAACGAUCGAGAGAAUGAUGACUGUGACGAGAGAGUUUUUCCGGCAGCCAGAGAGCGAAAGAGUAAAGCAUUACUCUGCAGAUCCAAAGAAGACAACAAGACUCUCCACAAGUUUCAACGUUGGCACAGAGAAAGUCUCUAACUGGAGAGACUUCCUCCGACUCCAUUGCUUUCCAGUCGAAGAUUUCAUCGGCGAAUGGCCCUCAAAUCCUGCCUCCUUCAAAGAGAUCACAGCCGAAUACGCCACAAGCAUUAGAGCCUUGGUCUUGACACUUCUUGAGGCAAUCUCGGAGAGCUUGGGCCUUGCGAAAGACCGUGUAAGCAAUACAUUAGGCAAACACGGUCAACACAUGGCCUUAAACUACUAUCCUCCGUGUCCCCAACCGGACCUGACUUAUGGACUUCCUAGUCAUACAGAUGCAAACUUGAUAACUGUUCUUCUUCAAGACGAAGUCCCUGGUUUACAGGUCUUUAAAGAUGGCAAAUGGAUCGCUGUUCAUCCUGUUCCCAACACUUUUAUAGUUAACAUCGGCGAUCAAAUGCAAGUAAUAAGCAAUGACAAGUACAAGAGUGUUCACCACAGAGCGAUUGUGAACACCGACAAGGAGCGGAUAUCGAUACCGACGUUCUACUGUCCUUCUUUAGAUGCUGUGGUUGGUCCAGCACAAGAACUGAUCAAUGAGAAAGAAGACUCUCCUGCUGUUUACCGAAGCUUUACGUAUGCUGAGUAUUAUGAAAAGUUUUGGGACAGAGCACUUGCGGAUUGUCUUGACUUGUUCAAAGUUCCCAACGAUCCUAAGAUAGUGUGA